GAGGCAGUGUUUCUAAGAGGAGGGGAAAGUCUCUCAGAAUGGGAGAAGACCUCAAUGCAUACAGCCGCCCUGGAGGGAAUGAGAUCUCAAGACAGUCUCGAGGAAGACAAAGAUUCCUAUCCCGCCUGACUGAUAGAAAACUCCCAACAUUAUCAGUAACUUUACUCCCACAGGUUCUUCUCCGCUCACACCACACUGUGACAGGUAGCAUGAGAUAUGCAUAUUUGGUAGAAACCAUCUUACCUGACUAACCAAGGUUUUGAUCCUCCCCCGAUUAUUUGAAUGUCAACAGACUUAAGAGCUGAAGCUUCACUUUGCUGAGAGACUGCACGCCAGGCACGAGGCUCCCUACUCCUCCCCUCUACCACUCUGUCUUUUACUGGGCUCUUGUCCAGAGAAUGACUGGCCCCAGUGGACCUGAGAAGAGGAUCACACACCGAAGACAGAACAGCAGCUUUUACUCUGCAGGCUGGGAUUCUACAAAUCAGCAUAUUUAACACCAUUUUGGGAUUCGUAGACUGGCUUGUCAUUUUUCCACUUUUUUUUUUCUUCACUACAUCAGAAACAGUGGAGCAAACGCUGCAUUUGCUGACAGCUAAUAAAAACAGACGGACUAACAUAUGGACAGAAAGCAGUGAGCACUGCGGCGUGAAUGUAGCAACUGGACUUCUAUCUGUGGUUGCUAAGACCAAGCAAGGAUAAUAGCCAAAGCACUUUCAUUUCCACCAAAGGUUGUGGGUGGAUGCAGCUUUCAACAGACUGCUAUAGGGGAAAGCAGUCACUGCAUACAGACUGCCUGUAUAGCUUAUCGGCAUUGUGAUAACUCAGAGAUAAUGCUCUGCUAGCUUGAAAUAAAUUAUUCUUCAAUACUGAGGACUAUCCUCUGGGUGGAAAUACAUUAAAAUACCUGUGGAGUUUCAACCUCUCUUAUACUUUGCUGCUCAUGCUGUGUGGACUUUCAGCAUUUUAACCUAAUGACUAUAGAAUGUUAGUAUUAGAGAUCAUGGCAGGAUGGAUGCAAUCUGUAAAUCAGUCAAUGAUGCUGCUAUGUCUUAUUUUCCUGGGAAUGGCUCCCACUGCAAACAGCAUAUACCCAAGGAUACGGCUCUCCCACAAAGAGCUUCUGCAGAUGAACAGGACCUGGAUCUUCCAGGGACAAGGAUUGCUUCUUCAGCCCCAGACCAUGCUGCUGGAUGAGAGCCACCAAAGACUUUAUGUUGGUGCCAAGAAUGCUUUGUUCUCCCUUAACUUGGACAGGGUCAAUGCCCACUAUAGACAGAUUAACUGGGGGAGUACUGAAUUUCAAAUAGAGGAGUGCAUGAUGAAGGGUAGGGAAAAGCCUGAAUGUGCAAACUAUAUUAAAGUCUUGCAGCAAUACAACCAAACUCAUUUGCUGGUCUGUGGAACAGGAGCCUUUAAUCCUGUCUGUGCCAUGGUCAGAGUGGGACACAAAGGACAGGAAACAACGUUUGCUCUUGAACAAGAGAGUGUUAUGAGUGGGAAGGGACGCUGUCCAUAUGACCCCAACAGUUCCUGCAUUUCAACACUCCGCAGAGGAGAGCUUUAUAUUGGCCUUUACACUGACUACUGGGAAAAUGAUGGUGCCUUGUGUCGACUAAACAACAACACCUACACUCGCACUGAAAGAAACGACAGGCAGCAGCUCAAUGAGCCUAAGUUUGUGGGGUCAGCAGUUAUCCCAGACAAUGAUGACAGAGAUGAUGAUAAAGUUUACUUCUUCUUCACUGAGCGGGAGACUGACGGAGAAGGAGUGAACAGAGGGGUCCUUACCCAGAUUGGUCGAGUGUGUGCGAAUGACCAAGGAGGACAAAGAAUGCUGGUGAACAGAUGGAGCUCCUUUCUGAAAACUCGUCUCAUCUGCUCUGUGCCUGGACCAAACGGCAUUGACACACACUUUGAUAAUCUUGAGGAUGUUUUUGUGCUCACAAAGAAAGAUGAAAAAAACCCAGAAAUCUUUGGCCUCUUCAGCACAACCAGUGCUGUGUUUAAGGGCUAUGCAGUUUGUAUGUAUCACAUGGAAGACAUAAGAGCAGCUUUCAAUGGACCAUUCGCCCACAGAGAGAGACUUGAGCAUCACUGGACAGCCUUUGAGGGCAAAGUCCCUUAUCCUCAACCUGGAUCUUGUGCCAGUAAAAUGAACGGCGGAAGCUUCUCCAACUCAAAAGACUUUCCAGACGAGGUUUUGCGAUUUGUGCGUUCGCAUCCUGUGAUGUACCGCCCAGUCCUUCCACACCACCACAGACCUAUUCUCCUGCAGACAGAGCCAAGCAGAAGAAAGCUGACCCAAAUUGCAGUAGACAGAGUCCAAGCGCAGGAUGGACAUUACCAUGUUCUCUACAUUGGCACUGAUGACUCUCUGGUUUUGAAAGUUAUCACCAUCUACAACAAAGAUACAGACAGCAUAGAGGAGGUGCUGCUGGAGGAGCUACAAAUUUUCAAGGUGCCUGCUCCAAUCAAAGAGAUCAUAAUAUCACCCAAAAGGCAACAGCUGUAUGUUGGGUCAGAAGUGGGCAUCGCACAGGUCAGACUACAUCAGUGUGAUCUUUAUGGUUCAGCAUGUGCUGACUGUUGUCUAGCCAGAGACCCAUACUGUGCCUGGGAUGGUCUCACCUGCUCCAGAUACUACCCUGCUGGAGUUUACGCCAAAAGCAGACGAUUCAGACGACAGGAUGUUCGUCAUGGCAACGCCGUACAGCUGUGCAAUGGACUGCAAAUUGAUGAUGAACAAUGGCAGAGGGCUGAGGAGAGGCUAAUAUAUAGCAUUGAGAGCAACACCACUUUACUGGAAUGUGUCCCUCGAUCACUUCAAGCCAAGGUUCUCUGGUUUGUAGAAACAAAAGGGGAAAAACAUGAGGUUCGAGGUGAUGAAAGGGUCAUCAUGACACCUCACGGGCUCCUGUUCUUACACGUGAAAAGCUCUGAUGCUGGUGUGUACGUGUGUCAGACUGUGGAACAUGGGUACGUGCACACAUUAUUACGGAUCAACCUGCAUGUGCUUCGAGCAGAGAGGCUGGACUUGGCUAUGCGCAAGGCAAAGAAUGAAGGAGGAGAUGGAGCUGCAGCUCAAUGCCACUCCAUCAUUAUCCCCCCAGCUGCCCCCAGCGUCAGCUCCCAAUCUCUUCAGCUACCAUCAGUCCCAGCCCCCAAUUCCAGGCUCUGGUACAAGGAGUUCCUCCAGCUAAUUGGUUAUGGUGACGCUCAGAAGGUGGAGGAAUACUGCGAGAGAGUGUGGUGCUCUGAUAAGAAACGCAGAAAGACUAAAAGAAAGUAUGCAGCUUUAGGUGGGGUGAAGAGGGGAAAAGGAAGGGGAGAGGAGAACUCCCACAGAGCUCCAAGGCACACCUUGGAUACCUGAAAACAACGAAGAUUCAGCAGAUAUGCACACACCUUCUCUCUAAACACACAUACAGUACAUACACAGCCUAAAGAUCAUACUCACUGGGUGUUUACACCAUGUCAGAGGUAUUUGCUUCAACAUUCGACAUCAGCUGAAAGACAAAAGCAGUAGCGGAUUGCCUUACAUUUGUAGCUACAUUUAUCACUGAGGUCUCUUCUGCUUUUUCUGAGUCACAUUUUGUCUUUUUCUGUGAGAUGUACAAAUGCAUUUACUGCAGAUCCUGAACAUUAAAAGCAUUUCUGUAGUACAGAAAAAAGACUGUAAAGGGUCAAGACCGAUAAGAUUGUGUAAAGUUUCUUCUGAUCAGAAGGACACAAGACUGCUUCUUUUAUGUCUGCCGCUCACGCUGAAACACACACACACACCUGAUAGAUUACAUAUUCUGUAAUAUAUAAAAAAAACAUUUUUGUGUUCAACACAAUUUUUUUCUAGUUGCACGAUAAACUAUUUCCCUUUUUUUCCCCUUUGAGAUAUUUUGAAGUAAUAAUGUUGCUGUUUUUUGUUGCUGUUGUUUUGAUUGUACAGUCAAAAGGCUAUGAGCUAAUUAAACAAAAUUACAAAACCAGCAAGGAUAACUGCAUUGACUGCUAAUAUACACUGUUGAAACAGGAUGUUUACAUACACAGUAUAAAAAAGAAAAAAUAACCUUUUAUUAUAUUUUCACUCUAUCAUUAAAUCAGUUAGUUUUUAUUGUUUAAGUCAUUGGGACUACCAAUGUUUUCUUAAUGGGCCUUUCGGCAACAAGAGGCACAAUUUCAUGCCAUUUCUGGUGUACAUACAAUUUCAAUGCUUGAGCUAUGUCAUGCAAUUGGCAAAAUACAUACUCCUUCUAAGGUGCUCUAACUGCCUGGGGGAGGAAAGACUCCUACCUCAUGCCAACAAAUAGCAGAGAGCUUCUCUAAUCAUGAUCUAAAUUCUAAGUUAAAACAAGUGCUUAUAGAUUUAGUACAGGAGAAGCAAGACCUAGGAAUAAUUUGCUCUGUGUACACUGCAGACCAAAACAACAUUUCGAUCUAGAAUUAUGAACAUGUUAGGAGGCAUGUUGAGAUGCACUUGAAAGGGCCCCCAUCCUUUUACACCAGUACCACUCCUGCCUGCAGUUAUUUGGGUGCAACAGGUGUAUUCAGUCAUGGAGAGCAUGGUUCAUUUAUUCUGCUUCACCAAUAUUUGUUGGCAUUACUUUUAAACUCAGAUUAUUUUUGGUAUCCUACAGCCUUUUCCCAAAUGUUUACAAUAGUUUAAUCACAUAUUCUUCCUGACAGAAUUAGUCAUAAUUUUAGGCAGCCUUACGCGUACAAGAUCUAGAGGUUCUGACUAAGAUUUUCUGAGGGUCUGAGAUAAGGCCUUUAUUAUGUCUAUUUUUAGACCAUUUACUUUGCUGUGCUUAAACUAAUUUGUGGUUUCACUAAUUUAUUUUAUUUGUGGUCAUUGUUCAUUUAGAAAAUCAAAUGGCAUCUAAGCUUUUACUUCUUAGCUGCUGUUUUGAGGUGUUUCCUUAAUAUCUCCAUAAACUAUUCUAUACAACCCAAUUUGCAAUCUAUUUUUUGAAGUACACCAUUCUCUCCUGUAGCAAUACACCCUUAUAAUGGAAGUGGCAUUGUCAUCUUUGCAAGCUUUAAUUUUCCUAUGAUGUUGUCACACAGAACCAGUGUAUUUGAGGUGUUGCCCUAAAAGAACAUCCACAGUAUGUCCCCAAUCAACGCAGUGUCUUAACCUGUCAGAGGCAAAAAAUA